UUUUCCGCGUCCGCCCGGUUGUCCGCCGCUCGGCCAACGUUUCACCAAUCGAACUGACACGCGCUUUUCCGCUGCCGCUGCCGCUGCCGCCGCCGCCGCCGCCGUCGUCGUCGUCGUCUUCGCCGUCGCCGUCGUCGCUGCCGGGCCGCAGACAUGUAUGGAUAACAUCAUAAUACCUACAAGCGGUACAGCCCAGAAAACAUCGCUAUGGCACCAACACUGCCAGAGUGGGCUAGCAUUGUCAAGAACAAAGUUCUACGAAUUUUUCAGGGCCCGAAUCAACAACAAUACGACGAGUUCGAAUUCGCAAACAAAUCACAUUUAGAAAAGUCUUCCAUUCCCUACACUGAAGAUUAUUCGGGUAGUGGUGAAUUCGGUCUACAAAGUCCGACCGAGUCGCUUCCUUCGCCAGUUCGUCCGCCGCUCAGACACAUCGAUAAAUACAUUAAACCGGAAAUACCGAAUCUCAGCAAGAGAUAUACAAUAGCUAUACUAACAUGCGUCGGUUUUAUGAUCUCAUUUGGAAUGCGGUGCAAUAUGUCGAUGGCAAAACUGAAAUUUCAUAUAGGAUCCGAUGACGAUGAUGUCUCUAGCGAAAAUAUUACCACGACCACACCGCACACGCCUUUGGGAAACACUCCCAUUCACGAACGGCCGAUCAAUUGGUCCCUUGGGUCGUUUGUCGCCAUCGAGAUGUCGUUCUUUUGCGGAUAUCUGAUAACUCAAGUGCCCGGUGGGUUUUUGGCGUCCAUGUAUCCGGCAAACAGAGUGUUCGGGAUCGCUAUCGCCAUGUCAUCCUGUCUGAAUCUGUUGGUGCCUUCGGCGACGGAGAUCGAGAAAUCAUUAUACGUGAUAAUCAUCAGGAUGUGCCAAGGACUGGUCGAGGGCGUCACGUAUCCGGCUUGUCACGGAAUUUGGAGACAUUGGGCGCCGCCGUUGGAAAGAUCGCGUCUGGCCACCAUAGCCCUAUGCGGAUCGUACGCGGGUGUGGUGGUCGGCAUGCCGCUGUCUGGUACUCUGAUCGACUGGUUCAGCUGGGAAGCGCCGUUUUACGUAUACGGAGUAUUGGGGCUGAUAUGGUAUGUAUUUUGGCUGUGGCUGUGCUUCGAGAAGCCGAGCCUCCAUCCUACCAUAUCGGCCAGAGAGUUGAACUACAUCGAAUCGUCGUUGGGUGCCGCCAAACAGUCUGCCGCGCCGACAAUCCUCAACACGCCUUGGAAAGAAUUUUUCACUUCCAUGCCUGUGUACGCCAUCAUAGUCGCCAAUUUCUGCCGGUCAUGGAACUUUUACCUCCUCGUGCUGUUCCAGGCAUCGUACCUGCACUCGUUCAACUUCGAAGUGUCUGCAACCGGUUACAUCGGCGCUUUGCCUCAUCUGCUGAUGACCAUAGUGGUGCCCCUUGGAGGUCUGCUGGCCGAUCACAUACGGAAAAACGGUAUCCUGUCCACGACCAGCGUCAGGAAGAUUUUCAACUGCGGUGGUUUUGGCAUGGAAGCCACGUUUUUCCUCGUGUUGGCCAACGCCCGCACGCCGCUCAUGGCCACCAUCGCCCUGACCUGCGGUGUGGCGUUCAGCGGGUUCGCCAUUUCCGGGUUCAACGUUAACCAUUUGGACAUUGCGCCGAGAUACGCUAGUAUACUGAUGGGCAUAUCGAACGGAAUUGGUACGAUAGCCGGUCUUCUGUGUCCGGUCGCGAUCAACAUCAUCAUCAGGCACAAGACGAGGCAGAGCUGGAGCGAGGUAUUCAUACUGGCCGCCGUCAUUCACUACAUUGGGGUGGUGUUCUACGGAAUAUUCGCCUCGGGAGAAUUGCAACCGUGGGCCGAGCCCAAGGUCGAAGAAGAUCAACAAAUGGAUGAGGUGAGCGUUGACAAGAAGAGUAAGCUCUCGUCGUACGGUUCGGUCGAACAGUCUUCGGGCAAAGGGUUCGUGAACGCUGGCCUCAACACCAACUGCAUCGUCGGUGAAACCGAACCAGCGCCGCCGACCGACAACCCGACAAAUCCGUUCCUGGCCAAGCCCACCGCAACCACUACCAAUCCGUUCGCUACGUCCGAGUGAUAAUCUGAUAUCACAUUAAUAUGUUAUAUUAAUAAUAAAUUAUUGAUGUAACGGAUAAUUCGAGUUCGGAUCACACUGUCCUGGCGUCGAUCAUUACUACACGGAUUAUAUUAUAAUAUAAUGAUAAUAAUACAAAUUAUUAUUAUUAUUGUUACAUUGUAAAGGCCAGUAGGUACUUCGCGAGCAAUAAUACCGUUAAUUGCGUAGUCUCGAUUGUGUGUUUCUAUCGCGUAGUUGUUUCGUAGGUAUUAAAAUAAUAAUUUUUAGGUAGAUAAUAUUACUAAAAUCGAUUUUCUCUCAAUUAUACGAUUUUGGUAAUUAUAUAUUAUAUAGUAAUUAUUACAAUAACAUUAUAAUAGUAUUAUCGUACACACUCGUCUCAUCUAUAUAUUGAAUAAUAAUAUUAUUAUAAUAUAAUAGAACCUAGAACAUGAAUUUCGCGUUUAUCGAUUUUUCCAAAUUAAUAAUUAUUAAUUAUAAUAUACUGUCAAUUUGUUUUUAUACAAUACCGAAUAAUAUAGAUUCCGUCUUGUAACGGAUGAAAAAUAUAAUAUAAUAAUAUUAUGCAUUAUAAUAUUUAUAUAGCUUGGUCGGCUCGAAAGCGCACGGCCACAGCGUUAUAAUAAUGUGUAAUAUUAUAAUAUAUUUUAUAGAUAUUUAUUACUUAACCUUACUAUGUAGGUAGGUAAUUUCAAUCGUAUCUGAACUUAUGGUACUUACGUAUUACCCGGUACUUGAUUUCCCACUGUUUUAAAACUCAAAAAUAUUAAUAUCAAGAAUACUCGAAUAAAAUAUAAUAAUCAUAAUUAUGAACUGAAAAAGUACAAUAUUAGUACAGUCGUACAAAAAAUAAUAAAAAAGUUUGUUUUUAAAAAAUAAUAAUCCUAAUAUUAUUAUUACUAUAUUUGGUACGAAUAAAACACUUGGUUGAUAGUUUCUUACGUUUAGUUCUUACGUGUGAGAAUAUAGUAAUCUUAAGUUAUUUAUGUAUUUGUUGAUCAAGAAAGUUGUGUGUUGGAGGGACAACAAUAAUAGUGCAGUACUUAUCUGUAUCUUUUGAAAUUAAAUCAAAUCAAUUGUUCACAUCAGCGGGAUUCUGACGUUACACAAAGUGUUAACUAUAAUAUUAUGUCCAUACAAUUGUCGACCCUGUGCCAUUUAACGUUUUAUUAGUAAAAAAGUGCUUUUACACACUAUCAUGUCAUCAUCUAUUGUAACUAUAUUAUAAUAAACGAGCAAUUUAUUUAUGAUUAAGUAUUUAAAGUUUGUAUUAACGGAGCGGAGUGGCACAGGGGUAGGUACCCCGCAAAAUUUAGUCAUUCAAAAGAGUAAAAAAAAUUCAAAAUCAACAAAGAUAAUAUUUUCCAAAAAUUUUGUUUUGUAACAACUUAAAAUUAUGAUUUACAAAUCGAUACAGGUACCACAUUACGGUCUGCGGACAUUAUGUAAUUAUACGUAAGUGCCAUAAAUUACGAUGACGCGAUGAUCGCAUAAUAAUGUAUUCUGUCAAUUUCUUUUUAUACAAUGUAAUAAUAGAUUACAUGUUAAAUAAUUAUAAUGUUAUAUAAUUAUAAUAUUAUGUAUUAAUGUUUUAAUAAGCUUCGUUGGCUCAAAUAAUGCGUUCGGCCGCGUUUCAUAUAAUAAUAAUAUUAUAGGUAGGUACUAUAUUAUAGGGAUUAGGUUAUAGUGGUUUAGAUUAGGUUAGACUUUUCCGAACGAUUGUUUUAUUACUAUUAUAAUGUACAGUUUUUUUGUCCAACACAAUAUUAUUAUAUUGUAUUAAGAUAAUGCUUAUUCUCGGUCAGAAUCGAACGUGUGUUGAAAUGUGAUUCAGUAGAUAUACCUAGUAGUCAUAUUAUAUGUAUAUAAACUAUCUCGGCGUAUACGCAUAAUAUGCGUUGAAAAUAAAUAGUUAUAAAAUAUCGAACCGUCACCUGCGAUUUUGUUUUUUAGCUGAGAUUUUUUGUCCACCGUGACCAUUGCGUGUGACACGAUUCUUAACCGACACUCGUCGCGUGAUUCGUAAUAAAUAUAUAUAUUAGGUACAUGAAUGCAUAAUACUAAAUAAAACGGUUGUAUGGGAGCUGAUGACGUUGAUGGGAUGAUAAUAAUAAUAUAACGUCCCUUGUCCGACGCUUACCCAUAUUAUGGCCAGCGUGGUUUAGAGUAAGAAGUGUUAUGUUUUUUUAGCGCGUAAAUUAGUAAACGAUUGAAAUACAAAAUAUAGAAAAUAUGAUAUAGAAUAUAAUAUUAUAAUAUAGUCACUAUAUUAUGUAGUUAUAUGUUAUUAUGUCCAUUGCAUAUUUCGUAUGCGAUGAAUGCCUUUUCGAAAUUCGUCCUACUGUGAUACAAUAUAACAUAAUAUUAUUUUAUUAUUAUGCACGCCUGUAACUGGGCUGGUCGGGCUAUAUAUUUUCGUUGUUCCGAUAUAACCAAAAUGUUGGGCUUAAAAUACGACGAUAAUUAUGUUAUAAUAGUACCUCUGUAUACGACGGAUAACAGUAAAAAUAUUAUGAUAUUGUAUUGCUCCCCCAAACGACUCGACGACCCGCCGUGUCGGGAUGAAGUCAAACGUCGCAACAAGUUGAUUUUUUUCUAGUAGUUGUAUUAAACGUUUUUAUUUACGCAUAAUAUAAUUCUUUACAGUUUGUUCUGUUGGUUCGAUUUGAAAUCGCGUAAACGAUAAGAUACUUUUAAGAAGUUUUUUGAAUAAUGUCAAUUAAAACACAUAAAUAUGAAAUACUGUUCUGUUGAUUUCUUCGUCGAAUAUUAAUUAAUGUUUUCUUUUGUAAACUAAAUAACUAAUAUGUAUUAAAAUAUAAUUUCCGUAGACGAGUGUUUAGUUACACUGAAACAAAACAAAAAAAAAACUGUUGAGGUCGCGCACACAAAUAUACCAUACCAAUAAUUCUUCAGAUUUCACUUUUCCUCUCGGUGAAAUAGGAAAACGAUCAAUCACACGAACUUACACCCUAAUAUAAGACAUACAUAUUAAUAUUGUUUAUCGUCAUAUAAAUUCCAUGCGCUUCAAUAAAAAUUAAAAACCAAUGAUAUAGCUUACUCAAUGUUCGAACUCAAGUAAAACCAAAAAUCCGAAGAACAGUUUGGACAUGUCACAUGUAUAGCAAGUGCAAAAAUACAUGAAAGUAGAAUGUGCUGCGCUGACAUUGUCUUUAAAAAAACGGGUUUCUUUUCAAAUGCCCAUAAAUUAAUAAACUAAAUUGCUACUUUACCAUAAAUCGUAUUUCCGUUUUUGGUGAAUUUGCCUUUACAUAGUAUGUAAACUUUACCGUACAAAUGUACGGCAAAUACUUUUCGCGUCCACGGCCACGGUGUAAUAAUAUAUUUUAGAAAUAUGUAUAAAGAACCAGCGAACGUUUCAAAUGUUUAAGGUCAUUAUAGCUUUUAUAAACACCUAACGUUAAAACCAUAUUGUCAAUUUUGUCCUUUAAAAAAUUAAUCAUUAUUCGUAUUGUAUUGUAUGCACAAUCGUUUACGAAAAGCUAUAAAUACAGUUGCGGAAUAAAAAGUUAAUGGACCUCCAACUAGUUUAAACACGUCUUAAAAACAGCUAAGAUCGUUCAAUUUAAUAAAUUUUUACUAUUCAUUUAUGUAAAUUUUCCGUUCUUAAAUCGUUAUCUAUUCACCCCUGUUGUUUUAAUUAUUUUAUGAAAAAUUAUAAAUUUCAAUUCUUACCAAUAUUAUUAUGCUUAUUAUAGAUAUAUAAUAUGUAUGUAUUAAUAAUAAUUAUUAUAUAUUGACAUAAAAUUUGUUGUUUAUUAAACAGAAUUUGUAAUUAUUUUAUAAUGUAUCAAUAAUAUUAUAUUUAUUUAAAACGGUUAAGAAUUAAUAUUAAUAAUAUACGAUUAAGACAUGAGAUAACUAUUUCGGUAGUUAUCUCAAGGCUGACACGACAAUAAAUUAGGAUUAAGUUAUGUGUUAAGGAAUUUGUUUUUAUUCGUUAUUUUAAUUUUAACUUUUUUUCAGUUUAUUAUGUUAUAGUAAAUUUCAUUGUUUUUGUGUUUUAUUAUUAAUUAUUUUUCGUUGAUUGGUUAAGUAUUGUAUUUUGUUUUGUUAUGCUUUUCGGUUCAAACAGUGUUCGAUUACACAAAUUAUAUUACUCUCAAUACUCUGAACACAACGAUAUGCCUUAAUUCUGACAAUAAUAAGUCGAUAAUAAAAUGAUAAUAAUUAAACGAUACGGACGAAUUUAAAUGGCACUCGUUAUAUACACAAAAAAUAAGUCAAAAUCACCCACACAAGAUAAAAAAAAAAUAUUACAAUACAUUACCUAAAUAAAUAUAAUAAUUCGCACUAAAAGAAAAACUAAUAAUAUUUUCACACUGCACUAGUUACUCGAAAAGCACAAUAUACGAAUAAGGCACUUCAAUGAAAACUUUGAACGAAAAUAUAUAAUAAUAAUAUGUUAUGUAAUAUUUUAUGAUAGACGUAAUUUUUUGUUAUAUAUUUAAUAUAGGUAACCUAUUUAAGUGUAAAUAAUAAUAAUAUAAAAAUGUAAUGUUUUAAGAUUUUAAGUCGGUUAUACUAUGUAUAGAACACUAUUCGCGUUUAGACGAUAUAACCGUAAUUUAGCUUGUAAGACGUAUAUUCCCAAUAACAUGACUAAAUAAAUAUUUAAUCAUGUCUUAUAAUAUAAUAAUUAUUAUUAUUGUAUUUUAGGCUAAUCACAAUAAUUUUCGUUAUCGCUUAAACGUAAACGCGUUAGAUGCUCCAUAAAAUAAUUAUUUAUUUACUAUUAAUUGUUUCGCGACAAAAAGUUUUUUUUUUCUAUAAUAGUUAUUAAAAUUUAAAAUAUUAUAUUUAUUGCAUCAAAAAGUCAAAUAAUAUAAUAUUUAAACAAACUAUAUGGUAACAACUUAUUUUUCAUUCUAAGCUAAAUACCUACUAAUAAUAUUUAAAUAAUAAUUUUAAACAACGCCAGUAUUUUAAUGAUAGUACGACAAUCGUCGGAUAACUCGUUUUAAUUACAUUUUCGCGACAGAAAUACAUUCAAUAACAUUAUAUUAUACUCGUAAUAUUAUAGAUUCGUACAUUAGCGAAGACUUACUUAAUUUCAUAGCACAAAACCUGUCAUUUAUUCUCCAUUGUCUGAAAUAAUAUUUCGUACCUACGCUUAUUAGUGGGAAUACCUUUGUAGACGAUCGACUGACAAUGCACCGUCCGUAUAGUUAUCCGCUUUAGACGAUAGCGCCUUUGAGAUUUGAAUUUUCCAUACGAAUUUUAUAUUAUACUUAUCUGUUAAACUUAAAAUAUUGGAUAACCAUUUUUUUUUCUUAAACAAAGGGAAUCUUUGCCCCCAGCACCUCACCAUCCGAAUAAUUACGUCCCCGAGUAUAAAACCAUAAUAUUUAUCAUCGUACUAUAAUUUAAUAAGACGACAAAUAAAUAAUAUUAGUUACUUUAUUAUAAUAUUAUGUUUUUUUUUUAUUCUACGUUGACGGAAUAAUAAUUAUCGUGGAUAUCGCGAUAAAAAACUGAUCGAAAAAAAAAACAAAUACAUUUUACUAUAAUAUUAUAAUCAUUAGGUGAAAAUAUUGGUUAAUUCGACUCCGAUAAGUUUUGUGUACUUAUCGUUCUAAGAUAUAUUAUCGUAAUUGGUAUAAAUAUGACAUUGUGUUACGCAUAGGUAACAUAAUAUUAUAAAAACAAUAUUUUAUAAUCCGUUCCGUUUCAAACUGUUCAUAAUAGCGGAGCACUGUUGUUUUCGAGUCGAAUAUUAAUUGUAUACGUCUUAAGGAAUUUUACCAUUAUAAUACAAUUAUUGUGCUUAAGAAAAAAAUAACAAUUAUUAUUAUACGACACAGACAUAAUAAUAUACAAUUUAAUGUGUAUCUACGUAAAAGUUUUGUUAUAUUAUAUACCUACUUAUAGUACCUACCUACCUAAAAAAUGUUUAACCAUUCUUACCACUUAGCCAUAUCCGUUCGAUAUAACUUUAAAUGUAUUUUAGCGUUUCGAGAUUAUUAUAACUAUUAUGUACUUAUUCAUUGUUCUUGGAUCAUCAUAAUAAUAAAAUGGUCGUAAUAUUU